UUUUUUUUAACGUUUUAUUUAUUUUUGAGACAGGGAGAGACAGAGCAUGAACAGGGGAGGGUCAGAGAGAGGGAGACACAGAAUCUGAAACAGGCUCCAGGCUCUGAGCUGUCAGCACAGAGCCCGACGCGGGGCUCGAACUCACGGACUGUGAGAUCAUGACCUGAGCCGAAGUCGGCCGCUUAACCGACUGAGCCACCCAGGCGCCCCUCAUUUAAUAUUUAACAGCAUUACCCAAUUGGCAUUACCCAAUAAACGUCAGCACAGACCAUCUCAGGCCAAGCUCAAGAAAUUUCUACUUGGGCUUAUUUCCAAAGUGAAAGAAGCAUGGAGACUCUCGCGACUAACAGUAUCUCGCACGUGACGCAGAGAACUCUGUUUUGAACACCCCACAUUUGCCCCCCCUCCCUCCUUAACUUUAGUGGCAAAAGUAAAACCGCGGGGCCUUUUCUCCAGUUUAAAUUUCCCAGGGUCAAAGUACCCGGAUGAACGUCCUUGUCAUAGCGACAGGGACUUUAUCCAAUAGCAUUGUAGAGAGGCGUAUCCUUACACAGACGCUCCAAUCGGCACGCAGAGAGUCGGCGUCUCCAAGGUGAACGCGGAAGUAAGCACGCCCCCAUGGAAUCGCUCCUGGAGCACUUUGAGCGCUUCUCCGAGGUGCUGGCGGUCUCCCGCACGACCCACGUCAGGACCUGGGACCCCGCGACAGUGCGCAGGUCCUUGCAGUGGGCUCGCUACCUGCGCCACGUCCAUAGGCGCUUUGGACGCCAUGUCCGCAUUCGCAUGGCUCUGGAACGGCGGUUGCAAAACCAGUGGAGACUGGAGGGCGGCUCUGGGUCCUCUCCAGUCCCCGGGUUGACAAACUUCCAGGCCUUGGAGCGCUGUGACCUCCUACUGUCUCUGCGCCUGCUAGAGAACCGGGCCCUGGGGGAUGCCGCCUAUCAUUACCUGCUGCAGGAGCUCUUCCCGGGCCCUGGCGUCCCGGACGCCGACCCGGAGACGCUCCAAGGCAGCCUGGCCCGCCUCGCCCGCCGCCGAUCCGCUGUCCACUUGCUGCGCCUCAGCGGCUACGGAGAGAACUCGGUGCUUGAGGAGGACUCAGUGCUGAAGACCCAGGCGGAGCUGCUGCUGGCGCGUCUGCGAGAGGUGCCGAAGGCCGAAGCCGAGGGCCCUAGCCGGUUUCUCAGCAUCCUGUGGGAGCGCUUGCCUCAGAACAACUUUCUGAAGGUGAUAGCGGCCGCGCUGUUGCUCCCCCCGUCGUCUCCCCGGCCCCAGGAAGAGGAGCUGGAACCUGGAACCCCCAAAACACUCGCAGACGGGGAUCAGGAGCUGGUCCGUUGGCUUUUGACGAAGUCGGAUGUCAUGGCCGCCUUUUGCCGUAACCUCCCAGCCGGGCUUUUAACUUCGGUGGCAGGCCGCCACCCAGAGCUCUCCCGGGUCUAUCUGGGUCUGCUCGCAGACUGGGCCCGACAUCUGCGCUACGACCUUCAGAAAGGCAUUUGGAUUGGAACUGAGUCCCAACAUGUGCCCUGGGAGGAGUUGUAUGGCAAAUUUCAAAGCCUCUGUCAGGCCCCCCCACCUCUGAAAGAUGACGUUCUAGCUGCCCUGGAGUCCUGUAAGGCGAAGGAUGGAGAUUUUCAAGUCCGUGGUCUCAGCAUCUGGACAGACCUGUUGUUAGCUCUUGGGUGUGGGUCAUGAUAUUGCACUUAGGAAAAAAGAAGUUUUAGGUCUCAGACCGGGCCCCAGUUCACUUUGGGCCAUGUUUUGUUAUUACCUGAAUGUAUGGUUUACCAAAUUAAAAUUCCAGUGCUUGCACCAGAUCUGUACUUCCAUGUGUCCAAAAUAGUAUUUUAGGUGCUAAUUUGUAAUAGACGGAAUUGUAAUUUACAAGUACAAUUGUGCAAAGUAA